AGAGAACAGAGGAGGAGGUGGAGGAGAGGGCUAGUCAUUCCUCUUCUAUUGGGAUAGGAGGAGAGAGAAAUAGUCUCCCACUCGUUUCACCCAUCGUUAUUCCACCCUCCAUCUCUGUCUGCACCUGCUUUCGUCACGCGAGUGAACAGCACAAGGUUUGGAGAGCCGCAUCUGCAUUCAGGACGCUCACCCCGAGGAGAGAGAGGAGGCUCGGCUGGACGCCCGUGAGAGGAGAGCAUGAAGAAGAGCCGCAGUGUGUUGACAGUGACGCCCAAAGAUGACAGCAAGGAGCCCCCGGCAACCCCCUCCUCCGGGGCCACCCUGGGUGCAGACCUCCGCCGGUGCUGCCGCCGUCACUCAGGCACCCUGGUGCUGCCACCAUUGUCAUGGCGACAGGUGGAGAGGAGUCGGACUCCUGAGGAAGACUACAUGAGCCGGCCGACCUCGCUGACCUUCACCACGACGCCACGCAUAGACAUCACUCCAGUGGCUCCUGACAGUUUGGAGGUGGAGAAUGGCCCGUCUGCGGGCUGCAGUCCGCUGGAUCUGCAGCUGUCCCCUGGCUCAGGCCUGGUGCUGCACCCCAGCAUGGCCGGACACGGUCAGCGGCGUGAAUCCUUCCUCUACCGCUCGGACAGCGACUACGACCUGUCGCCCAAAUCUACCUCCCGCAACUCUUCCAUCGUGGGCGAACUACACGGUGAAGACCUGAUAGUCACGCCUUUUGCUCAGGUGCUUGCCAGUCUGCGCACAGUCAGGAAUAACUUCAGCGUUCUGACCAACGUGCCGUGUCCAUCCAGCAAGAGAUCACCAGUGACGACUCAGCCGCCUUUAACCAGAGCCUCUCUGCCAGACGAGUCCUACCAGAAGUUGGCCGUGGAGACUAUGGAGGAGCUGGACUGGUGCCUGGACCAGCUGGAGACCAUCCAGACGUAUCGCUCGGUCAGUGACAUGGCCUCCACUAAGUUCAAGAGGAUGUUGAACCGUGAGCUGACACACCUGUCGGAGAUGAGCCGCUCAGGCAACCAGGUGUCCGAGUUCAUCUCCAACACAUUCUUAGACAAACAGAAUGAGCUGGAGAUCCCGUCGCCUACUCUGAAGUCUCGAGAAAGGAAGAGGAGGCAGCCCGGGCAGCAGCAGCAGCUCAUGACUCAAAUCAGCGGGGUGAGGAAAGUCACACAUGGCCCAGGCAUCUCCAGCAGCUGCAGCGUGGCCCGGUUCGGCGUCAAGACAGACCUGGAAGACCUGCUUGCCAAGGACUUGGAGAACAUUAACAAGUGGGGUUUGAACAUCUUCAGGAUUGCGGAACAUUCCCAUCAACGUCCACUUACCUGCGUCAUGUAUGCCAUCUUCCAGGAAAGAGACUUGAUGAAGACGUUCAGGAUCCCAAUGGACACUUUUGUGACUUACAUGAUGACCCUUGAAGACCACUAUCACUCAGAUGUGGCCUACCACAAUAGUCUGCAUGCUGCUGAUGUUGCACAAUCCACACACAGCCUGCUGUCCACCCCUGCUCUGGAUGCGGUUUUCACAGACCUAGAGAUUCUGGCAGCCAUCUUUGCAGCAGCUAUCCACGACGUGGACCACCCAGGGGUCUCCAACCAGUUCCUAAUUAAUACCAACUCAGAACUGGCCCUCAUGUACAAUGAUGAAUCCGUUCUUGAGAACCACCACUUGGCUGUUGGCUUCAAGCUCUUGCAAGGGGAGAACUGCGACAUCUUUCAGAACCUUUCAAAGAAGCAGCGGCAGACCCUCAGGAGGAUGGUCAUCGACAUGGUACUAGCGACAGACAUGUCCAAACACAUGAGCUUGCUGGCAGACCUAAAGACAAUGGUAGAGACCAAGAAAGUGACCAGUUCGGGAGUGUUGUUGCUGGACAACUACACAGACAGGAUACAAGUUCUGCGUAACAUGGUCCACUGUGCCGACCUUAGCAAUCCCACCAAGCCUUUGGAUCUCUACCGGCAGUGGACAGACCGGAUCAUGGACGAGUUCUUCCAUCAGGGUGACCGGGAAAGAGAGCGUGGCAUGGAGAUCAGCCCCAUGUGUGACAAGCACACCGCCUCCGUUGAGAAGUCCCAGGUGGGCUUCAUCGACUACAUUGUGCACCCGCUAUGGGAGACCUGGGCUGACCUGGUGCAUCCCGAUGCCCAGGACAUUCUGGACACUCUGGAGGAGAACAGGAACUGGUACCACAGCAUGAUCCCCCAGAGCCCCUCUCCUCCUUUCUUUGAAACCGGGGGCGACGGUGGGGACAAGUUCCAGUUUGAAUUGACUCUGGAAGGUGAUGCAGGGGAGGAGGAGACUCAGCAGGACACUGUUCACCACAAAAGACUCUCAGAGACAGUCAGUGAAGGUCCUUCUUCACCCGCAGAGACGUAGCAGCCCACAGUGACCGCGCUGUAUACGCUUAUACCAUGAAACGGAGAUAACUCCUGCUUAAGAAGCUGCUUGGGAGCUUGACAGGUCCAGGAAACUGACGUGAGGCGUUCUGCUGCUCUGCCGCUCUGCUUUUAUUCUUAGAGCUCAAGCGGAAGGUAGUGGUUUGUUCGGACGUAAGCUGAAUUUUGCAGAACUCACCUACAAAGUUGGACCCGUUCCCCGCAGUUCCAGUCACUCGUGGUUUCCACAGUGUUCCUCCAGCACCUGCUGUAUUGAAAGAAACACAGCCAAACAGAAUUUCAGAUUCUGACACUCGAGUUUGGUGCUGGCACGAGAUGCCACGAAGGAGAACUACUGAUUUACAAAUCAGACGGAUUUACUUUUUUAUACCGCUGAUAUAAUUUUUUAUUUUUUUUUAUACCAGCGUGUAUUUUGUGACUCUCAUAAACACUUGCAUAUAUAUGAAGGACCUGUUUUAUGCUGAAAGCAAAACCGUGGAUUAACCCAAGGUUUCUCAGAGAUAUUUAGAUCAGUCUUCCUUGAUUUGGGGGCAAUAGAACUGUUUAUCCUCAAGCCUGUACAUUAACCUGAUUCAGAUAUUUCUAAUUCACACGAGACAGUAUUUCGUAUUUUGUAACAUCUGGUACAAUGUAUCUGUUGUAAAUAGGAUCCAAAGAACCAGUGAUGAAAGCACUUUAAUGGCGACACUGAAACCACUUUACUAUGGGCAGAUCAGCUGUCCUAGGGCUGAGUAGCCUAACUCCACAUAUAAUGAUUUGGAAUGAUUCUGAAAUGCAGGAGCCCUUUUACGGUAGUCUAGCAGAAGGGUACCAACUAGAGAGGCUAAUGCAACCUUACACAAGGGAGAAACUAGAAAGGCUAAGCCAACAAUUCAAAGAAUAUAAGUGAAAUCUUUCACUGUAACUGGAGCAAACGCUUUAAAAAUAACAGAAUAUUUCCGAGUCAUGCCAACAGCGAGCCUCUCUGUAACAAUCACUGACGUCAAUGCCUUUUGUUUCUCCGCGUGUUAGUGUAGACUCGCUAACACAGGAUGUGGCGUCUGGCCUACACAGCACUCAGUCUUAAAUCAUCGAGUUGAGAGCUACUAAGGCAGGUAGUUUUUCCCUCGUUCCGUACCAGGUUCCUAUAAGGCCACAUGUGCUGUUAUGUUUGCUGUAGCUCCCACAUCUUAUCGGUACGGCCACAUAACAGCUCACCGAAAGCGAAAGACGCUGUGUUUUUUUUAUCUGAGAGUAUGUGAGAAGUGAUAGAAUAAUAUUUUAGCCUUUUUUCUCUCUUUUUUUAAACGACAUUAUGUUUAAAACAACCUCUUUGUUUGUGAACUUGUUUCCUGUUUUCUUUGUAUUGUGCAGGAUGCCGUGAGCACAGUUCACCGAGGCUGUUCUGUAGUCAGAACAUUUCCUACGAUGACAAGAAGCUACUUAAGAAAAAAAAACUACAAACUCAUAUUUUUGUUAUUUGUUAUUUUUGGGUUUUCUUCUUCUUUUUUUUUUGUAUCAUUGCGAUGGCGAUGGUCCUGCACACUGUAGCCUGAGAUUUCCCUGGUGGAAUUAACAUUCGUCGCCAUUGUUAUUGUUCAACCGGUUUUCAGUGAUGCCGUGAUGUACAUGUGUCACUAAGAACCCAUUAAACCUGUACAUUUUGGAAA